GUAACAUUUACGAAGGAAAUAUAGUUUGUUAUUUGUCAACAUUGGGUUUUUUGACCAUGAAUAAGUAGAAGUCUAAACUCAAUUAUAUGUGACGCAAAGGAAUGUGUGGUCCUCUAUGUAAUUGUUUUUUUUUCCCCCUAUAAAUGCCCUAUCAUCUCUACCCCCAAUUUUCAUUGCAACACAUCUUUAGAAUCACAUUCUCAGUAGCCAUGUUAAGCCUCGAGCUCUCAACUUCUUUGCUCUUUUGCCUUCUUUCUUUGCUCUUCUUGUUCAUCCUCAAUUCCAAGUCCAUUUUCACAACCUUUUUUUCCUCCAACAAGUCGCCUAAGAUUCCAAGAUCAUACCCACUUGUGGGCUCCUUCCCCGCAUUCUAUGCGAAUCGACAUCAACUCAUCCAAUGGACAUCUGAUUUGGUGACCAGCACACCCACUUCUACUGUCGUCCUCAACCGCUCUCUAGGUCGCGGCCAAGUCUUCACCGCCAACCCUUCCAAUGUCCAGCACAUUCUCAAGUCCCAUUUCCAUAUCUACCAAAAGGGCGAUAUGGCUCGAACACUUAUCUGGGACCUACUCGGUGAUGGCAUCUUUAAUGUCGACGGCGAGAGCUGGAAGUUCCAGAGACAAGUUGCCAGUCAUGAAUUCAACACCAAAUCUUUACGCAAAUUCAUCGAGACUGUUGUUGAUAAAGAGCUCUCAGACCGACUCACUCCGAUCUUCUCUGCCGCUGCUGUAAAUAAAAAUGUGCUGGACCUUCAGGACAUUCUGCAGAGAUUUGGAUUCGAUAACAUAUGCAAGAUUGCUUUCGGACACGAUCCUGCGUAUUUACUACCAUCUCUGCCGCAAGAAAAAUUUGCGCUAGCCUUUGAAAAUGCUGCUCGAAUCAGCGGUGAAAGGUUCGGAGAGUUCCAUCCCCUGAUUUGGAAAAUUAAACGGGUUCUCAACAUUGGAUCAGAGAAACAAAUGCGAAUUGCUGUAAAUGAAGUUCGGGAAUUCGCAAAAGAAAUAGUCAAAGAAAAGAAGCAAGAACUGGGUGAAAAAUCAUCACUCGAAUCCGUUGAUCUUUUAUCACGAUUCUUGAGUUCUGGUCAUUCAGAUGAAAACUUCAUCAUUGAUAUAGUGAUCAGCUUCAUAUUGGCAGGUCGCGACACCACAUCAGCCGCCUUGAUAUGGUUCUUCUUGCUGGUCUCUAAACACCCAAAUGUCGAAAAUGAGAUUCUCAAAGAGAUCAAUGACAAGUCCGAAGCUGCGACUUUCGAAGAAGUAAAAGACAUGGUUUACACGCAUGCGGCCCUGAGCGAGAGCAUGAGACUCUACCCACCGGUCCCCGUUGACGGAAAAGAAGCGGUAGAUGAUGACGUGUUACCGGAUGGGACGGUAAUCAAGAAAGGUACGAGAGUGGCUUACCAUCCUUACGCAAUGGGGCGGUCGGAAAAGCUGUGGGGGUCGGACUGGGCAGAGUUCCGGCCGGAGAGGUGGUUGGAAAUGAGAGACGCGGCGGCCGGACAGUGGAGCUUCGUGGCAAGGGACCCAUACACGUAUCCAGUGUUCCAGGCCGGUCCGAGGAUAUUGUUGAGGCGGUUCCGGAUAGUGCCAGCUUUUGAGGAAGGUAUUGAGCCUGUUUUCAUAGCUCAUCUGUCGUCGAAGAUGAAAGGUGGCUUUCCGGUGAGAAUUGAAGAGAGGGUGUAGAAUUUCUAAUGGAGGCGACGUUGGUUGACUGAUAUAAUUGCCGGGAGAAGGAUUAAUUGCUUUGAAUAUUUAUUUAUUUAUAUAAAAUUCUUUAACAAUUAACAU